GGUCGGUACCACUGCACUAGGUUUUAGGACUCCGGAGGACAGCAAGGCACGCCCGGUUUUUCCGUGCUAUCUCCAGGCCAACUUUCCAUUUGCAUUUCCGCCCAGGUCUUUCCAUAUCAUCUACCUACCGCAAGGUCGCUCUCUCUUGCCUUCCUCUCGUUUAUUCCGUCGAAUAUUUAUUUAUUUUAUUUUAUUUUAUUUUAUUUUUUUUUUUUCAAUUAUAUAAAACCCCAUCCAUACGACCAGAAACGGCCCAGACGCUCCCUGCCACCGGGGAAUUGACCAUACGCGAUUGAUGCGGUUAGAGAUGAUCUGAUUCUCUGAUUGACGCCCACCGAUUGCCCCCCUGACAUCUCUCUUCCCUUCUUUCCUUUGACCUUUUCCUUUGUCUGUACCUUUAAUAUCUGGACUACCCCAGUCGAUCACCAAUUUAUCCGAGAAUCGCCUUUUCACCAUGACGGAAGCCGAUGUUGCCUCAAGUACCGGCACCGAUCUAGCCCCUGGUCUCCGUCAAAGAAACCUUCCACACCUAGAGGAAAAGACCGGGAAGGUUGUCAGUGAAGCCCACGAAUAUGACAAGAAAGCAAAGCCUAAGUCUCAUUCAUACCUCUCUGCCUUGGACAGCUGGGAGCCUGUUCUUGUGCCUAUUCUCUUAACCGCUCUAUCAAUCUUCACGCGCAUGUACCGCAUUGGUCGCUCAAACAUCGUCACCUGGGAUGAAGCACACUUCGGCAAGUUCGGCUCUCACUACCUGAAACGCGAGUUCUACUUCGAUGUUCAUCCUCCAUUGGGAAAAAUGUUGGUGGGUUUGUCUGGUCUCCUCGCCGGCUACAACGGGUCAUUCCCAUUUAAGUCGGGCGAAACAUACCCAGAGGAGGUCAAUUAUACAUUCAUGCGCAUUUUCAAUGCGGCUUUCGGAGUAGUAUGCGUACCGCUGGCAUACUUUACCGCUCGAGAACUUGGUCUUCGCAGGGCCACUGUUUGGCUCGUCAGUCUGAUGGUACUUUUCGAAAAUUCGUAUGCCACCAUUUCGAGAUUCGUGUUACUCGACUCUAUGCUCUUGUGCUUUACUUUUACAACAACAUUCUGUUGGGCCAAAUUCCACCGACUACGGCAUGCCAGCUUUACACCGGGGUGGUUUUUCUGGCUCUUCUUGACGGGCAUCAACAUCGGGUGUGUAUGCAGCGUGAAGUGGGUAGGGCUCUUUUGCACAGCGAUCGUUGGCCUCUAUACCGUUGAGGAUUUAUGGACCAAGUUUGGUGAUUUGAAGAUGCCGAAGGCUGUGCUAGGCAAGCAUAUCGCCGCUCGUGUAGUAGGCCUGAUUGUUGUACCCGCCUUGGUUUACGUAUUAUCGUUUUACGCACAUUUCUUGAUCCUGGAGAACAGCGGACCUGGCGACGCCCAGAUGAGUUCUCUUUUCCAGGCGAAUUUGAAAGGCACCGAAGUUGGCAAAGACAGUCCCCUUGAGAUAGCUCUCGGAUCGAGGGUCACUCUCAAGAAUAUGGGCUACGGUGGUGGUCUUCUUCAUUCACAUAUUCAGACUUAUCCGGAGGGAUCUAAACAGCAACAAGUGACCUGUUAUCACCACAAAGAUGCAAACAAUGACUGGUUUAUUUAUCCCAACCGCCAGGAGCCCGAUUUCGACCCUUCCAACCCCCUGAAGUUUGUGGGCGACAGGGACGUGAUUCGUCUAAUCCAUGGCCAAACAGGGCGAAACUUGCACUCGCAUGCCAUCGCUGCCCCAGUUACCAAGUCUCAUCAUGAAGUUUCCUCUUACGGUAACAUUACCAUCGGCGACGAUAAGGACCAUUGGGCUGUAGAGGUUGUGGAUGAUGUUGCGUCGAGGGAUAGAAGCAGAAUCCGAACUUUGACAACGUCGUUUCGCUUGCGACAUCCUGUUCUCGGAUGCUAUCUACGUGCUGGCAAUGUCAACCUUCCGCAGUGGGGGUUCAAACAAAUCGAAACAACAUGCGUGAAGGAGAAUAAACCCUCCGAUGUCUACACACAUUGGAAUGUUGAGUCCCACUUCAAUGAGAAGCUGCCGCCAAGCGAUCCGGGGUCUUAUAAAUCCCCAUUCUUGAAGGACUUCAUUCAUCUGAAUGUUGCAAUGAUGACAUCUAAUAACGCACUUGUCCCUGAUCCCGACAAGCAAGAUGAUCUUGCCUCGAAAUUCUGGCAAUGGCCAAUCCUGAAUGUUGGACUUCGUAUGUGCUCUUGGGAUGACAACAUUAUCAAGUAUUACCUCCUUGGAAACCCGGCCGUCUACUGGGGGAGCACAGCGAGUCUUGUUGUCUUCGGGCUUUUGGUCCUAUGGUAUCUUGUGCGCUGGCAGCGAGGUUAUAAAGAGCUUUCACAAGCGGAUAUCGAUUUUAUCCAUUAUGCUGGAUUGUACCCAGUCAUUGGAUGGGUCCUCCAUUACCUCCCGUUUGUUGUAAUGGCGCGAGUGACAUACGUUCACCAUUACUACCCUGCUCUUUACUAUGCCAUCCUAACUUUCGGUUUCUGUAUUGACUGGCUCACCCAAUCAAUGAACAACCGUAUCCGUUGGAUACUAUAUACAUCACUGUAUAUCAUUGUUGUUGGGAUGUUCGUUCAUUUCAGGGUGAUCGUCUUUGGUAUGGAGGGUCCAAGUCAGAACUGGGCUCAUCUGAAUUGGCUGAGCGGCUGGCGAAUUUCGAAUUAAAACUGGCUUAUGUCUGUUGUUAUUCUAUCCAACAACCUACACUCUUCUCCCUUUCUCGGCAAGGAUCUUGCCCUGUUUUUCAAUAGUUGUCUAAUGUGAAUUUUAAAUUGUUCCCUGCCAUUUGGAAGGUUGGCAAAUGUCGUUGGGUACAUGUGCCAAAAUUCAAUUUCGUACAACAUACUGCUUGUGGCUGUCAGUGACAUUUA